CCCUGACUCGGAGGGGGCCGGAGGACAAAGUGAUCAUUGUUUCCCAGUUGACGAAGACUUUUCCACUUCAGUCGAGAUGCAGUGCAGCUGUAACUCCUCUGUCGGGCACCUUUCAUCACCUUUCUGGAGCCGAGUGCUGUUCCCUGACUGGGCCUACAAACCUGCCUGGUCUCCCGGCUCCAGACAAGUCCAACUGUGGCACUUCCUGUUGGAGCUGCUGGGCCGCGGUGAGGGCGGAGCCAUCGGAUGGGGAGGAGAGUGGGGCGAGUUUGUCAUCAGGGACCCGGAGAGGCUGGCCAGGCUGUGGGGGGAGAGGAAGGGCAAACCACACAUGAACUACGACAAGCUGAGCCGGGCGCUCAGAUACUACUACAACAAACGCAUCCUGCACAAGACCAAAGGGAAGAGGUUCACCUACAAGUUCAACUUCAGCAAACUCAUCCUCGUCAACUAUCCGGGAUACCUGCCUCCGUCCAGCCACCAGAUGCUCCACAGGUCCGCUCUACCCUUCCCGUUCCUACCCGCUGAGAGUGGCCUUCCUCUCUGUGGAGGAGCAGGACCACUGAUGGACAGAGCUGUUCAGCCUCUGCCCCCUCCCUUCCUGCUCCCGGGCUGCCUCCCCAAACCGCUGCCGGCGCCUCAGGCCCUCCGCGGCCCCUUCCCCUUCAUCUCGGCUCCCGCUCGCCUCGGGGUCAGCCAGCGAGAGCCCAGGGGGUCGGGUCUAACAGCAAACGGCGUGCUGCACAGGAGCAGCGCAGACUGGGACGUGAAUGCCCACAUAGGCUGGAACCUGCCAGGAGGAGGAGAGAAGCAGGAGGACGAGGACAGAGUGGGGAAGGAUGCUGACUAAGGACAAAGGAUACAAACGAAAGAUGUUCUUUAAUUAAAUGUCUUCUGUUUAA